AUGCAAAUAUCGAAAUUCGAUAUUCUUCCCAAUGAAGUCCUGCUGGAAAUAUUUGAAUAUUUACCACCUGCAUAUACUUUCGAAACAUUUUAUUUUCUUAACAAACGGUACAAUAGUCUACUCCGUUCGAUUCGUCUUCGUGUUGACCUAUUCAAUGUUUCUAAACAAAUUUUUGAUUAUUACCAUUAUUUUUUAUUUCCUGAUGUUUCACAUUGCAUUGUUUCAUUGCGUUGCGAGGACGUCUUCGAUCGUUUAACUUAUCAAAUAAAUUUGUCAAAUUUUAUUUCGCUUGAAUAUUUAACAAUAACAAAUAUAAAGCUGUCAACUCUGAAAAAUAUUAUCCCGCAUAUAAAUAGAUUUCCGAAUCUUACGUAUUUAAAUUUACAAAUGUCAGCGGAAGCAUCAAUGACUCGCAAACUUUAUUUUGAACAACCAAUGCCAUCAAUUGAAAAAUGUAUUCUUAAUUUUAAUAGAAGACUCAUUAUUGAAGGUGAACAAUGCUAUUCAAAUCUGAAAUAUUUAACAAUAAGUCGAUAUCAUAUUGAUGAUUUAUUAUUGUUUCUACAUAUUUAUACACCUGAACUUAAAUAUUUAACUAUUACUUUCAACGAUAAAUACAAUUCAAAAACAUUACUUCCAAAAACAGAAAACAAACAUCAUCUUGAAUCACUUACUGUGAAACAAUGUCGAGUACCGUUUAAUCGCAUGGAAAAGCUUAUUUUAACUUCACUACCGCGCUUAAAACGACUAAAUAUACAUGCAAUGGGUAUCGAUUAUGCUGAUGGAAAACGAUGGGAAAUGCUUUUAUCGAAAUGUUUUCCUUUAUUAAAAGCAUUUUUUCUGCAUACAACAUUUCCUAAAGAAGAAGCGUCAACCCCAGCUCUUCGUACUCAAUUACUUAAAACAUUUGAAACAAUGUAUUUCUCAUCACAUAAUUUGUAUUUUGCACUUCUUUAUCAUCCAUCAACAUCAGCUAUUGAUUUAUUUUCAUUACCCUUGGUUAACCAUAGAAUUCAUGCUAGUCUUUAUGAUACAUAUAUUGAAAAAACCAUGAACGACAUAAAUAUAUUUGAAAAUGUCAAUGAACUUUCGUUAUUUUUAACAACAUCUGAAGAAAAUUUGAAACUGCCGAAGUCAUGUUUUUCUAAUGUUAAAAAUUUGAAACUUAUUUCAAGAUUUCGUCAAUAUGAACGCCUUCCACGAAACUUAUUUGUUGAUAUAUCUAAUUUGGUAACAUUUUCAAAAUUAGAAUCACUUGAAUUCAUUGGAAAUACUUUUCCAUCUACAAGUUUUGUCUUAUUGGAUUAUACACCAAAACUUGAAUCUCUGUCAAUUUCAUUUUCGAAUUUAAUUCAAAUGACAAAAGCAUUGACUGAUCAACAUAGUUGUCAGCAAUUGACAAAAUUAAUUAAACAUUUAAACAUAACAUCUGCUGAUGAUUUAAAGGACCUUGCUGUGUUUGAACGUUUACCAUUAGUUUUCUGUACUUUGGAAUCCUUAUCAUUACAUCUUGCAAAUCUAAAAGAUGUAUAUCCAUUGUUGAUACUUAUCCUACAAAAAAUGGCUCGAAUAUUGAACAGGAUGAGCAUAUUUAUUGACGUAUAUACAAUUGAAGCUAAUAUGCUCUAUGAAUUCAAGAUAUGGCUAAUUGGUUAUUUGUAUUCACAUGAACUUGAAAAAGUUGAUGUUCAACAGAUUGAUAAUCAAAUCGAUUUUUGUUUUUAA